AUGCAACUGUUUCGUGAUCCUGUUUCUGAUUUGAUGAGAGGGAAACAGUGGCAUUACUUGGAGGACACAACAUCGGGAAGAUUGGUUGCGAAUUCAUUCGGCCAAGGCUCAGUAAUUUUAUGGGGACAGGGACUGUCAGUACUUUCCUCGUUUGGAACAUCAUUUGAUAAUCACUACUACAAGAAUUUGAUGAGAGGACGAGGGGUGCUGUUUGCUGAUCAACAGUUGAUGGCUAAUGAAAAGACAGCAGCGGUGGUGAUGGAUUAUGCUUUGGAUGAGGGGACUAUAUUUAGGACAGAGUUUGCUCAUGCCAUGGAUAAAUUGUCAAAUAUUGGUGUUCUUACUGGAUCCCAAGGAGAAGUUCGGCACAGUUGCUCCCAUAUCAAUUCUGAUCAGUGA